AAACGUUAGGGGCGCAGUAUACCGGUACGCAAUUAUUUCUGAUCCAGCCUGCGGUUUUCGCCUUCAAUUUAUUUUCGGAUUUACUUUUGCACUUUUGCGUGGAAAAAGAAACGAUGGACAUUACAGGCACAGCGUCAUCAGGUGACAUGAAGAGAAACAUGGCUGCCGUAAACCAGAUGGCGGUAGACAUGAUUGUCAAUCAGCGUGCCCUCCCAUACUCACGAGGAAACCGCUCCAUCAGGCCCAACGGCCGCAAGUACAACUCCUACACCCCCGAAAUGCGCACCCGCAUCGCCAAGUACGCGAUGGUGGCGGGAGACCUGGAGACGGCGCAGCACUUUAGCCGUGAAUUGGGACACAAGGUGGCGGUCACCAGCGUGUGGCGAUUCCGAAAAGCCUACACCAGGGAGUUGAAACGGAUCCACCAGGAAGGGGCCAUGUACCAACCUAAUUUGUACAUUUCGGGGGAGAGGCGACAGGGAGGGCAUCGGAGGUUUGUCGGAAGGAGUCGAGAUGUGGAAAUCAAUAUUGCCCCUGUUGAACAAGGCCUUGGCGAUCAGAUGGAUCUUGGGGCAGACUGCGACUGGACCCCUCCCACGGAGGCCGAGAUGAAAGUAAUCCAAGCGAAGAAAGAGAGGUCAGAUAAGAUCAGUAAGCUGAUGGGAGAUUACCUCCUGAAGGGAUACCGCAUGCUUGCCACCACCUGCUCGCUUUGCGGGACAAUCCUACUAAGAGACAAGCAACAGAAGGAUUAUUGUGUGACUUGCAAUGAACUCGCUACAGAACAUGCCAAGGAUGACCCAGCUCUGAGUGCAGAAGCAGCAAGAUCUCAGGUCAGGGAGCAUGAACUGGUAAGGGCCUCACCGUCAUCCUCGUCCUCGUCAUCAGGUACCGGCGGUGCUGCCUUGUCUAACACCGAUGACCGGUCCAUCACCAUCACCAAUGUUUGUUCGGUUCCUGAGACCCUCCGCACCCUCCAGCUCCAAGGAACCGCUUCCACAACUGCUCAGAGAGUCCAGCAGCAGCAGCAGGCGUCCCACACCCCGUCACCACCGCCGCCGCCUCCUCCAAAUCCCCAAGCCACCGUCCUCCCCCAGACGGCUGGCUCGUUGAUGAACAAUGCUGUCGCCAGUACCAGCACGAUAGGUGCACCGGGGGUCCGGCCUUGCGGGAAUCGGAACACGAGGGUAAGCCUAGUGAUUGGGCAGACAGUGGACUCGGUCUUGGACAAGCUCACAUGGGCAAGUGCGGAGCUCAGGAAGAGCACGAAUGUUGAGUCCUGCACUCAGUUGUGCAGGCUCAUCCAGGCCUGUGCUGAUGCUUUGGACAGUUUGAAGGAGACGGAUUAAAACUGAAGAAAAAUAAACAUUGAAAGACUUUGUAUCUUCCUGGUAACCAUUGUAUGGGGGGAAUCAAACAAGUUUGCUGUCAGUGUAAAGUAUCUUUGUGUCUAGAUGUUGUAUCAAUCUGACAAUAUAAGACGUAAAUUCAA